AUGGGGGAUGUACUUACUUGGCCUCGCUUCUACGGGCAGUGCCUUGACAGCUUCAUUAGGUUUGGUCGUUCCCGAGACAUGACCAGGACAAUUACUCCAUGCUCGGCGCCAACUCCGCGAUGGCCCAAUCGUCUCCCUUGUUGGCUUUCCAACCUGGCUAGAAGGAAGCAGGCAACUAAUUUGGCCCAGCUUUGUUCGCGGCGAUGUCCAAACUUGGCUUGUUGUGUUGUUGGCGUCGGUACCAACAGCCACGGUAUUGUUGGUGUCGUAAACUGGAAACUGUGCAGAACUACCAAGUUCAGCACCUUCACAUAA